UCGAUUUCUACCUGUGUUGAUCCACCGAUGGCGCCUGCUAAUCUACGUUCUCAGAGGGUGUUUACCUUCGGCAAGGGGAAGAGCGAAGGCAACAAGAACAUGAAGGCUUUGCUGGGUGGGAAAGGAGCGAACCUGGCGGAGAUGGCGAGCAUCGGUUUGUCGGUGCCGCCGGGGCUGACGGUGUCGACGGAGGCCUGCCACGAGUACCAGGAGGGCGGCCACGAGCUCCCAGCCGGCCUCUGGGAGGAUAUGCUCGAAUCUCUGAGUACGGUGGAGGAGGACAUGGGGUCUCGACUCGGCGAUCCUUACAAGCCGCUCCUCCUCUCCGUCCGGUCCGGCGCCGCGGUGUCGAUGCCCGGGAUGAUGGACACGGUGCUCAACCUGGGUCUCAACGACGAGGUGGUGGCCGGGCUGGCGGUGAAGAGCGGCGAAAGGUUCGCCUACGACUCCUACCGCCGCUUCUUGGACAUGUUCGGGAACGUCGUCAUGGGGAUACCUCACUCGCUCUUCGAAGAACAACUGGAAGCCUUGAAGACGGCAAAAGGCGUCAAGGACGACACCGACCUCACCGCCGCCGAUCUCAAAGAACUGGUGGCGCAGUACAAGAACGUGUACAUCGAAGCCAAGGGAGAGCAGUUUCCCACAGAUCCAAGGAGGCAGUUGUAUCUGGCGGUGAUCGCCGUCUUUGAUUCAUGGAACAGCCCGAGAGCGAAGAAGUACAGAAGCAUCAACCGGAUUAAGGGGCUCCGGGGGACGGCCGUGAACGUGCAGUGCAUGGUGUUUGGGAACAUGGGGGACAGCUCAGGGACCGGGGUGCUCUUCACCAGGAACCCGAGCUCCGGCGAGAAGAAGCUCUACGGGGAGUUCCUCGUCAAUGCUCAGGGAGAGGAUGUAGUUGCUGGAAUCAGAACUCCACGAGAUCUGGGCGCCAUGCAAGAGUGCCUGCCAGAACCUUACUCUGAGCUAGCGGAGAACUGUGAGAUUCUAGAACGGCAUUACAAUGAAAUGAUGGAUAUCGAGUUUACUGUACAGGAAAACAGGCUUUGGAUGCUGCAAUGCAGAACAGGAAAGCGAACAGGGCAAGGUGCAGUGAAGAUUGCGGUUGACAUGGUCAAAGAAGGCCUUGUCGACACUCGUUCUGCCAUUAAGAUGGUGGAGCCAUGUCACCUGGAGCAACUUCUUCAUCCACAGUUUGAAGAUCCAGCUGCUUACAAGGAUAAAGUGAUUGCAACAGGGUUGCCUGCAUCACCAGGAGCUGCAGUCGGUCAAAUUGUAUUCACUGCUGAUGAUGCAGAAGCAUGGCAUGCUCAAGGAAAGGCUGUUAUUUUGGUGAGGACAGAGACGAGCCCAGAGGAUGUCGGAGGCAUGCACGCAGCCGAAGGAAUUCUAACAGCUAGAGGUGGCAUGACUUCCCAUGCAGCUGUCGUAGCGCGGGGGUGGGGAAAGUGCUGUGUCUCCGGCUGCUCCGAUAUCCAUGUAAAUGAUGCAGCUAAGGUGGUGGUGGCCGGAGACAAGAUGAUACACGAAGGUGAUUGGCUAUCACUCAAUGGAUCGACAGGAGAAGUAAUUUUAGGAAGGCAACCGCUUGUUCCACCAGCUCCGAGUGGCGACUUAGGAACCUUCAUGUCAUGGGUUGAUGAGAUAAGGCAACUAAAGGUCAUGGCAAAUGCUGAUACACCUGAUGAUGCAUUGGCAGCAAUAAAUAAUGGUGCACAAGGGAUUGGACUCUGUAGGACUGAGCAUAUGUUCUUUUCUUCGGAUGAAAGGAUAAAGGCCGUCCGAGAAAUGAUAAUGGCAGCAAAUUCUGAACAGAGGCAACGGGCGUUGGACCUUCUCUUGCCCUAUCAGAAAUCGGACUUUGAAGGAAUAUUUCAUGCCAUGGAUGGGCUUCCGGUGACUAUUCGCCUGCUGGAUCCUCCACUCCAUGAGUUUCUUCCAGAGGGUAAUCUCGAGGAUAUUGUCGGUGAACUGGCUUCUGAAAUUGGCAUAAAAGAAGAGGAAAUCCUUACAAGAGUAGAAAAGCUCUCUGAAGUAAAUCCCAUGCUUGGUUUCCGCGGUUGCAGGCUUGGCAUUUCAUACCCCGAGUUGACUGAGAUGCAAGUGCGAGCUAUAUUCGAAGCUGCUAUUUCUGUGAGCAAACAAGGGAUCAAAGUAUUUCCAGAGAUAAUGGUACCUCUCAUCGGAACACCUCAGGAAUAUGAACAUCAAAUGAGUCUGAUACAGAAGAUAGCGCAGAAAGUUUUCUCCGAGUUGGGAACAUCCAUAAGCUACAAGUCAGGAGCUAUGAUUGAAGUUCCCAGGGCUGCUCUUAUCGCAGAUGAGAUUGCUGAACAGGCAGAGUUCUUCUCUUUCGGAACAAAUGAUCUCACACAAAUGACAUUUGGUUACAGUAGGGAUGAUGUUGGCAAGUUUUUGCCAAUCUACUUAUCCGAGGGCAUCCUCCAAAGUGAUCCCUUUGAGGUUCUUGAUCAGAAAGGGGUAGGUCAGCUCAUUAAAGUUGCUGUCGAAAGAGGCCGAAGAACUCGGCCUGAUUUAAAGAUAGGGAUCUGUGGAGAACAUGGUGGAGAGCCUUCAUCAGUUGCUUUCUUUGCACAAGUUGGGCUGGACUAUGUCUCAUGCUCCCCCUUCAGGGUACCAAUUGCAAGGCUUGCAGCAGCUCAAGUGGUAGUAACAUGAAGGACUUGAAAUCAUGUCUGCAUAACCCAUCAAUAAUUGCUUCUUGCACCUUCAAUCUUGUAUGUAUGUGAAAGGGAAACUUGAAAGAAGCAAUAUAUCUAGAUUUGUGUUGAGAUGUUAGCAUGGCAGUGUUCUUCACUGCCCUUGUGUUCAAUGGAGAGCAUAAAAAUAUGUUUGUCCUGUGAAUGUUGUAUAUCUCACUUUAAAAUUAUAAG